AUGACAAAGGAGGACAACAAUAAGGACGAACCUGCCGUUGCGGCAUCAGUCUCGUUGGAUGAAGGAUUAUUGUCGAGCACUAGAUCUAGUAAUAAUCCACCACAUGCACAGGAAGAAGAAGAAGGAGAUAAUCAUCAAACGACCGGCCAAGAGACCACCAGUGGAGAACCUGCUUCUCAGCGCCACCACAAGAAGGCUCAGAGUUGGAGUGAUGUCUUGGAAGGAGUUGCCAAUGAUCUCCUUGGAAAUGAUAACAAUGAUAACAAUCAGAGACCUCCCUUGCCACCACCUCCUCCUGCUGCCAAGCCAUCACCUCAACGACGAAAUUCGGCCGACAAGAGUUAUGCACUCCGCAAUCAAACCUUUCUCAAACAAGCGGCUGCGGGAGCACUCAACACUAGUACCAACAAACAGCAGCCACAUUAUUAUCACGUCAGCCCUUCUCCCAAUACCACAUUUCGAAAACGACUGCAUCUCACGGCCAUUGACGAAAGUGACGAUGGUCAAAGCUUUGUCGUAGUAGACCAACAACAAAAACAAUCUAUGCGAUCGUCGUGGGGGAGUACCCCCUCGGAUGUGCCAUCGCCACCCCCGCAACAACAAUACCCAAAUUGGUUUGGUCCAAACAACAACAGCAAUAACGCAACAAUCGACGAUGACUCCUCCAUACAAAGCAAAACCAUUCGAUUCGAAACCGCUGCCGAUGAUUCAUCCGUUCUCAGUUCACUGGCGGGAGAUUACUAUGCUCCUCCUACUGCUGCUGCUGGUGGUGGAGGAUAUUAUGGAUCAAGUGCUGCCAAUGAUAAUACCUACAGUGGCGCGCUACAAACCUCAACAUCGUCCAUCAUGAGGAACACUGCAACAACCAACAGCAACCAGGAAUAUUAUGACGAACGAGUGGCGCGGUUUGAACAACAGCAAGAAGAACAAUUCCAACAGAAAAAGAUCGACAUGGAACAGAGAUUGGGGCAUGUCUUGGAACAAAAUUCCAUUACCAAAGAAUCGGAUAAAAAUGCCAUUAUCGACUCGUACAUGCAAGAACUCGAAAAGGAACGGGUCGCCAUGAUGGAACUAUGGAAGGCUGAAAUGAGGCGGGAAGAAGAACGAAUGAGACAAGAACAACAGCGUCUUUUUCACGAUUUUGGAUGUUACGAAGCCAUUAUACGACCGUGCAUUGAUUCCCUCCUGUCCAUGCUGGCUACCUUUGAAGUGGUACUGUCGAACAUGCCCUUGACUGUUGGAGCUGUAGGAUUGAGCUGGGUGACGCAAGGAACGGUCUGGUUCAAGUUCACGGAAGAAGUUGUCUCGACUUGUGUACAUGCCCACUACUUUUCAGACCAGUGCUCCUUCUUGGAAUUCCCUGGCUGCUUUGCAUGCGACGUAACAAACCCAUACUACCAAGCAGCACUCUACUUUCACUUGUUUUGCUCCUCUGUGUCGGCUUUGUGUUGUCUCCUAUUCCUUGCCAAAGUCAUCUUGGCUCCCAAUGUCGUCCUCGACAUGCUCAAGAAUCCAACAACAUCCACUCCUGUCGGUGUUUGGUGCAUUGCAGUCGUCUGCACAUUUGCAGGACAGUAUGGUAUCGUGGGGGAAGCCAUUGUUCUGGUGACCUCCUUUUUCCAUGUCAUGCUGGCCUUUUGGUUUCUGUACACUACCAUUUUCAAGUUUCGCGGAUUACCCGAUCCGGGUUGGUUCCCAAACGUUGUUGGGAUCUCUUACGCGGCUGUGAAGACGUUCAUCUAUCUACCUACGCCAGGUCUGAUUAUCAUGAUGUGCUGCACACUUUUCUUUCUGUGCACGUUCUUUGUGAGCGUUGUGCGCGUGUACUUCAAUCACAAGAUUGCUGCACCGGUUUGUUGGAUCCAGUUGUCGGCCCCAUCAAUCACCCUCUAUGCCCUCACAUUAUUAAGUCAGCCCACUCCGUCUCAAGAAACGCUGAUGGAAACAUCGCCGGACGCAAAGCUUCACUUUACGGAGAUGCUGGAGGAUUACUUCAUGCCAUCGCAACACUUUUUCAUGGCCCUCACCAUGGUUGGUUUGGUUUCAGCUGUGCACAGCCUUUACGCAUACCGCGCAUCGCUGAUUAGCUUGUCUCCAAACAUGCCUCCAGGAAGUCCAUUCAAAAAGUUGCUGUUUGGUUACUGGUGCUUCUUUCUUGUCGUCGGCACCGUGUUGAAUAUUGUGUUCACCAUCAAGUACAUUGUACGCAUUCCAGAAUGGACCAAGCCAGAUCUUACAGGAGAGGAAGAGCCCCCAGCCCCAGUUGAUACGAUUGUCCAUGAAAUGUUGGAUGAAACUGGUGCACACGAGACUAUGCGACAACCCUUCGUGAGUCCUGCCGUAUUGGAAGCAGCCGAGGCUGGAGUGUUGGUUAGGGUCAAGCGAGGCACCGAGGACUAUCGCAGACACGGACCGUUUAGGCGUACACGCAAUGUGACUUCUCUUGGUUUCGAUUUGAUGCUGAGUGAACUGGAGCUUCGUGAAGAAAGAGCGCGAUUGCUGGAUUGGGUGGCCAAGAACGCACCUCGAAAGCGCAAUCGUACCAUGAGUGUUCCAUGGGUCAGUCGAGAAGUGUAUGGCACUUUUUCGAAUCCGUCUGAAGGCGAAAGACUAGUCCGUGGUCACACUCGGGCGAACACGACAACAGGAGCUUUCAUGUGA